UGUUAUCAAGUGUAUAAAAUUCAUUGUGAACUUUUGACCUUACAUUACUUGAUAUACAUAUUUUAUACUUCACUCAGAAGCGCCGGUGAACACUCAAUCAAGCAUUCUAUCUAUAAUAAACAUGUCUAAGGCAAAUACCGAAUCCAAAACCAACGAUGGAAAGGUAACGAAAACUAUUGUCUCGUCACCGCAUAUUUACAAGCCCGUAGGACCUUACAGCCAAGCAAUUCUAGCAGACAAGACUCUCUAUGUUUCCGGAGUACUGGGCUUAGAUCAUCAGGCGCAGCUAGUGUGUGGUGGCGCUGAAAGUCAAACUAGACAAGCAUUGGACAAUUUGAAGCACGUCUUAGAAGCUGGUGGCUCCUCUCUCGCGGGGGUUGUAAAAACUACCAUUCUACUGAGCAACAUGGAUGAUUUCCAAGUUGUUAAUCAAAUUUAUGCACAUUAUUUUCCAAAAGACUUCCCGGCACGUGCUACGUACCAAGUAGCUAAAUUGCCUCUCGGCGCAGCGAUUGAGAUUGAAGCAAUUGCUUUGAGUGGAGACCUCGUCAUAGCUGAAGCAGGUCCAUGUCCCUGUUCCCGCAUCUAACGCCCCAGCCCCCAGCCCCAUCUACAUUUGGAACAAAUAUCAAACAUAACAUAAAUAAAUAAAUGAUGAACUGGCAUUUAAAUUAAAAAUACCA